GUAUCAGCUGAGCACCUGUUGUGUGCCUCUGUGAUGAAUGCCCCCUGUGCCCUGGCAGUGUCCAAACUCUUGUACCCUGAGACCGAGUCCAGCAAACUCAGCAAGGCCUCGGACCUUGACAAGGAGGAAAAGACAGAGAGGAACAUCUUGGAGGCAGCAGCUGCUGGUGCCUCGUCUUCCAUUAAACUGGUGGCCAACAUUGCCGCUAACCUGAUCGCAUUCCUGGCUAUGCUGGAGUUUGUGAAUGCCGUUCUCUCUUGGUUUGGUGGCUUUGUAGGCUAUCCCGAGUUCUCAUUCCAGAUGAUCUGCUCUUACGUGUUGAUGCCAUUGGCGUACUUGAUGGGCGUAGAAUGGAAAGACUGUGGCAUUGUGGGAGAGCUAAUCGGAAUCAAGACUUUCCUUAACGAAUUCCUUGCAUAUGGAGAAUUAUCAACAUAUCUUACGAACAGAAAACAGUGCAUUGGCCAUAUUUUGGCAGUACGAUCAGAGAUCAUAGCCACCUAUGCCUUGUGUGGAUUCGCCAAUCUGAGCUCUAUAGGGAUCCAGCUAGGGGCUCUGAGUCCCAUGGCGCCCAGCAGGAAGGGGGACCUGGCUCACAUUGUACUGCGAGCUCUGUUAGGAGGGAUAGUCACAAGUCUCAUGACAGCUUGUAUAGCAGGGCUUCUUGUCCAGGAACCUCUGGUACAUCUCGGUUGUCUCAACUCCACUAUUGUCAACUCAACCACGACUCCUGUGAUGAACUCAACAUCGUCCUUGACCUUUGUGACACGCAUCAUUGAGCAGACAACUUUAUCCGUCUGA